UACAGGAAGUUAAAUCUUCUUGUCGCCCAGCGCUUAUAGAAAACAUCAACUUAGAUCACACGCCAAAUAGAGGAGACAUCAUGACACUUCUCUAGAUGAUUGUUUCUAUAUUCUCAUAAUGCAUAACAAUGUUAUCUUGGAAUGUAAGAUCGCAGGGGACUACCCAAAACUACACAUUCUGGAUGAGAACUAGACUUAAAAAAUGUAGAUUAACUUUCUGAAAACUUGACCAAAAAACAAAAUGUGUUUCUUCGUGAUGUGCCAGUUUGUCUUUUUGAUUACAAUGUCCAGUUUCUAUCUGUCUACUGCUAGCAAUCCAAACAAGUUUGACGAUGAUCUGUCUACUGAGCCAGCCUGUGUUUUAGGUACUGAAGACCACCCACGCCUCUGUGAGGCUUCAUCUCAAAACCAAAUGGUCGAAGCCUCAGAGGGCGCAAGUGUGACGUUUUCAGCCUGUGUUAAUGUCACCGUAAUCAGCAACAAACUCCACUUGUGCGACUGUUACGACCUCCGGCACAACAUCAGCGACGUCAUCGUGAUGUACGGCAAGCUCUCAGACUGGAAGUACCGGGUUGAGUUGACCGUCCAGCGAGUGACCCGAAAUCACUUUGGCACUCACGUUGUCAAUGUGACUUUUAAAACAACUAACGAGGAAAUCAUGAAAGUUUAUCUAACAAUAUCAGAGAAAGAGUCAUCAAGACCCAAUGUGGUUGUAGCUGCCAGUGUGUCCACUGCUCUGAUAGUUGUUAUUGGCAUCAUUUGUUUCUUGGUCAGAACCAUAGGUAAAAGAAACCAAACCUACACAAUCAAUAAGAAAAUAUACACUCUGACAAAACUUUUCCAGUGUUUCCGGAAAACUUCCCAGCACGCAUCGUUCUCCAUGAAUGAUUUUAACCACUACGACACAGUCGACGACGUUGUUGUGAACGCCAACGCAGAGGACGCUGGCGCCUCGACGAUCAACGAAGUCCCCGAGGUCAAGGACAAUCUCGUUUUGCAGUCUCCACAAACUCCAAACGAGUCUGGAAAACUCAAAGAAACAAGCAAUGGCAUGUAUAUCACAGUCCUUGACGACAACUCAGGGUACAUAACUCCCAAAGAUGUCAAAAGGUCGUCCAAACUUAAGAAAAAAUCGUUGUCUUUACAAAGAGAUCGAGAUCUUCAGAAGACUCGCUAUCGCCGCGAACGCUCCAGAUCCCUAGAGUCUUUGGAUAACGAACUCCGAGAUGACCACCAUUACUGCAACUGCGAACCGUUUCAAAAGAAGGCGGAGCCUAGGCUUAUUUCAGUAAAGCAUAGAGGCGAAUAUAAAAAAAGCGCCACGCUUGAUCCUAACUCUUCCCCGGAUUGCAAACCAAACAGUGGACACAACUCAAAACUGGAAUAUACUUACAGCGAUACUAAAUAUGCUGGAAAGUGUCAGAAAUAUGUCAAUAUCAGAGAAGAUUUGGAAAAGUAUUGGGAAAAUUUUAAGAAUGUGAAUAAAAAUAUGGACAGGAAAAAGUCUCUCCGAAAAGAAGUUAACGGUAAGACUGAGUAAUGGAAUCUGUGUUAUUGUAUAGCAAAGGAAUACUUCACAGUUACACUCUUAAUAAUGUAACUUUGAAUGACUGAUUUCGGCGAUUACUUUGCUGAAAAAUACGAAAAUGGGUUCCGUAAUUUGUGUGUGUGUACACUUUAACUAAAGGAAAUUAAUUUUUUUAAUUAUUUUUUUUACGAAAAUGUUUUUUUUUAAUCUUUUUUUUUAGGAUUUGAAUAAGAGAUUGACCCUUUACAAAACAAUUAGAUUAAUUAGAUAUUCAUUAUAGACAUUAGCUAGGCCAGGCUCACAUUGAACUACACAUUCACUUUCACCUAUCCUUUGGUUUGCUGGACCGCUGGGGCAGCACACAUGAUCUGUCAACCUUCUUUCUUCAUUCUUCUCUGUCAUUUAUCUUUGAUAGAAUCUAAUUCUGAUGUUAUUUCUGAAAAUAAUGAUACCUGCCUUUUUGUCUGCCUGGGUGGACCACUUCGGGAGCCGAUUUUGAGUUUGUGUUUCCAUACAAACUGUCCUUGUAACCUUGUGUUUUUUUUUUCAGUUUUGUUUAUUUUAACGAUAUAUAUUCAUUUGAAUCACUGCACGCAUCCUUAAUCAUAGGAAUCGAAGACGUUGCCAUUAUUUAAUUAAUUCCAUUGUGAACUGAUUUCCAACUCUUCUUACUUUUACCAUAUAAUUAAAAUCAUACAUUAUGUUUAAUAAUUGCAGGGCCUGUUCAAAUAAAGUUAUGACUUUCCGUUGUAAAAGGAAUCUAUUGUAUUUAAUGUUUUGGGCAUUUAAGGUUUAUAUUAAUUGUAGGAGUUAUAUGAAGCUUUGCGUCAACUCGUGCAAGGUAGAUAACUGUUAUUAAUUAUCAUUCUUAGGCGUAGAGAAGGCUCUUUUGUUUUCUCAUUGAUCUACGAAAAGCAACAAAAAUGUAAAUUAUGAAAAGCUGUCAAGUGCUAAGCAUGGCAUAAUACUGAUAAAGAUAAUUGUAUACUUAAAGAAAUGAUAAGAUAGCAAACAGAAUAAUGUAACAAUUAAGUCAGUCUCGGCUUUUUACGCCAGUUACUCCCCUUAGACCUGGUGCUAUUAGAGCAUGGAAUGGGUUGCCUGAGCCAGCCAGGAAAACCAACGACUUGGCAGAAUUUAAGUCAUUGGUUAACAUGCAUGACUAGUUGCAUGGUGCGUAGGGCGUAAACAUAUCCUUUUUUGAAGUAAUGUCUGUAUUUUAUAAGAUAAGAUAAGCCCAUUCUCCUAUCGGUGAAAACAGUCCCGCCAAAUGCUGCGCUCCCUGGUCACAGAACAUUCUUAUAUUCUUGCAAAUCUUGGACAUUGCAGAGUUAGAGAGGAGGAUCCUAGCAAUACAAUUAAGAUGCUACAGAAAGAUUCUAGGUAUCACAGACAAAGACCGCAUCACAAACGAAGAGAUUAGAGACAGGAGUAAUGUAUCUUGUAAGUGACAGAAAGUGGCCUCAAAAUAAUAUUUAUUUUUUAUUUAACUAUCAGCAUAUGUAAAGUUCUGGUGAAGACUGGGAUUUUUAAUUUCGGAAUCUUUAGAGGCCUCUGAGUUCACCCAGCUCUAAUGGGUACCUGAAUUUAGUCGGGAAAAGUGGGCCACAGAAACAGAUAACUUAUAAAUCAUCUGCCCUAUAGUCCUCAUUGUCUGAAAGGGGAACUUUAUGUAAUGUUCAAAUAUUAACCUAGGCCCUAACUUGUUAUUAAUAAAUUUCAUCAGAGAAUGGGGUAAACAAUCAGGUCUUAGCGUGUGACUUACGCAAUGUUUGCCAUCAGGCUCUAUCGUAUAGCUCAGUGGUCUUCAUCCUUUUUUUGCCUACCGCUCCAUUUUCAUAUUUUACCCCAUUACAUAAUCCGCCUGAGUCCCAUUCUCUUUUAAAGAAAAAUACUUACAAAGAAGCGUGAAAAGGCUAUUUUGAAUAAAAUGUCAUUUAUUUUAUUUAUUUAAUUAUUUUAUUUAUUUAAUAAUUUUCAUGUUGUUAAUAACAGAUCGUUAAUUUUAUUACUAUUAUACAAAAAUUAUAUCUAAUAAACUACAGAGAUUACAAAAAAAAUAUUCAUCUCA